CCAAGCAUUGUUGGCAGGAAAGACAUCCAAGCUGGAGAGGUCAACUGCCGCUACUCGGCCACUACGGAAGACAUCAUCAGUUCAUACACCUGCACCGAGCUGGCGACCAAAUACGGCAUCUCCAUCGAUAAGUUCUUCAAGCUGAAUCCAGCCCUCGCUCCGGAUUGCUCAGACAUUGAACCCAAAACCCAGUACUGCGUUGCAGGCUUCAUUGAGCCCGUACGAGCUUACGACGGACGCUGCGGUCCCAAGCACAACAACGCUUCAUGUCUAGGCAUGCCGCUGGGACAGUGCUGCAAUGCUCAGACGUGGAUGUGUGGCGAUACGGAGUAA